CUCAGAAAGCCAAGCACUUCUCGUACUUGGCCCUCCAUCGCUCGGCAAAGCAGCUCCGGCUCUCCAAAACCCGAACGCAAGAGCUCAAAGUCAGGCUCAAGACUGCCCCAGACUGGCCAGACAUGGCAGAGAGCAGCAUGACCGAAGCCCAUCCGCUCAGUGUGCGAGUGCUCAGGCUGCUCCGGCCGAGCGCAGCCAAGGAGGACACUAUCUACAUCGACAAGGAUGCCGUCGACCUGCUCGGCGCCCGCAAUAGUCUCCUUCGACAAGAUGUAGCGCAAUUUUGUGACUUCUCGGCAGCUCCUCUGCUCGCCCUCUCCUCUGUGUUCGGACAGAUCUACCUGGGAGAGACCUUCAAUGGCUAUCUCGCUGUACACAACGAUCAAGACAGCCCCAUAACGGGGGUCAAUCUCAAAGUUGAGAUGCAGACUGCCCAGAACAGGUGGACACUAGCAGAGACACGCUCGGGUCUGCUCAAGCCACGCGAAAGCCUCGAGACCGUCGUCAGGCACGAGCUCAAAGAGAUUGGCGUGCACUCACUCGUCUGCACUGUCUCGUAUACUGUAGCCGAAGGGUCCCAGCAAGGCUUCGCCCCAGAACUGGGAGCAAGUCAGCGUGUGCUCAAAAAGUCGUUCAAAUUCUCAAUGUCCAACCCGCUCAGUGUGAAGACGAAGAUACACAUGGCCAAAUCGGUGACGGCUUUGCUUGACAAGAAUCAGCGAGAGACUGCCUAUCUCGAGCUGCAGAUUCAGAACAUGACUUCAGCUCCUCUCGUCUUUGAGCAGAUGCGCUUCGAGCCAUCCCAAGGGCUAACAUUCGUCGACGCGAACUCGUCCAUCUUUGACAACGAGGCAGCUCUGCUAUCGCCCGGGGACAUCAGGCAGUACCUUUACAUCGUCAGCCCGGCCGUGACUCCUUCUCCGGUCUUCGAGAGUGGCAAGGUCAACGGACAGAUGAACCUCGGCAGACUCAAUAUUGUCUGGCGUACGCCCAAUGGCGAGGGCGGCAAGCUCCAGACGAGUCAGCUGACGCGAAGAAUGCAGGCUCCAGCCAUACUGAGUGCUCCUGGAAGCUAUGCCAUGCAUGACGAACACGCCAUUGCAGCGAGCAAAAGCGCUACGGUAGUCUCGCCCCAGUCUGCAAACAGCGCUCGCAAGUCGGAUGCGACCGAAGCCAAAGGACCAGACGUCUCCGGGCUUACAUUCGAUGUCUCGAUCGAGCUACCCGUUGAGCCGCUCACUAUACAUACACCAUUUCAAGUGCGCCUCAGCCUGCGUGUCCGCGACAGGGCCGGUCAGCGUCGAGUCGUCGUCCUCGCGCUUCAACAUGUCAGACCUGUGUCCCUGAGCAGUCCGGCGGAUACCACUGCAGCUGCAGGCGAUAAAGCACGGCAGUCUGUUCUGCUUUCGGAGGCUGAUCCGCCUGCGAGUCCGGCACCACCGAUGCGGAGUCGACUGGCGCCAGCUUCACUUCUGGCUGAUCUGACAUCUGGAGCACCAUCCCGACGAGCUAGCGCGGAUGUCAGUACACCUGAGAGUCUGAGGCGACGCAGUGCGCAAAUCGAUCCGUACGCUCGCGAUGCACUCCUGCAGGCCGCAACGUCUGCAGCCGUCGUCUCUCAUGCAGGCGCUGACAUUGUUCUCCCGGCGCCUGAGCCAAUCAACCGGCGCGCUGGAUACACUGGAAGUAUUGAGCCCUCGUCGACCGUCAUUGCCCUGGGUCCAUCGCUUAUCGAAGUCGAGCCUAUCGAGCUUGGAAACGAUGAGACCGUCAUCCGUGUCGUCGAGCUGUCUUACCUACCGACUGAGACGGGUCUACACCAUCUCGGCGGCUUGCGUGUACUCGCUCUCGGCAUCACGGAAGAAGGCCAGGACGUGAGCGAAGGACGUGACGCGUUCAUUGUGCGCGAAAACAGUGUGCUGGGAGAAAUUUACGUGCAAGGUCGCCCGCCACUGCGUCUAUAA